CGGGUUCCGGGUGUAACUCCUAAUCUCCGAGCGGAAUUAGUACCCUCGCACGGCGCUCCGCGCCGGCUCGGGGAUUAUGCGUUUUGGUCUUUUACCGCAUUCUUCAAAAUAUUUCUGACAAGCUUAGUUACGAAGUUAGGAAGCAGCCGGUUUUCACUAAGAUCAGCUUACACCCUUCUAAGUUUUUAAAUGUUUUCCGUUAUUAUGAUUUUUGUCGCUAAUUAGUAUAAACGUUUUUGAUUGGUUGAGUUUUGAACCUUUUAACAAUGAAAAAUUCCUCAGUUACCUACGGCUUUGUGUUCUCGAACGCUGAUUCGUUGAGCCGCGAAGACGCUAUCACCUUGUAUGACGCUAUCACCUUGUAUGACGCUAUCCGGCCUUGUAUGACGCUAGAAAACCUUGCCAAAAUAUACUCUAUUUCCUCUGCCAAAGACACCAGCAGUUUUGUUCAGCAAGGUUUAUUCAGCAGUCAACAAACAGUAUUUUAAAAAAUGCCUUCUUUCAAAUGGUCAAUUCGAGUAAAUGAGGACAAAGCGUACGUGUUUGUCAACGGUAUUCGGCCAUCCAAAAAUAGUGUAGAAUAUUCGCAUGUUCUGCGCGCUGAAGUGGGAAAAUUUAAGAAUCGCGUGGCUGUAAAGUUGAUUUUCGUUCGAGGGGCAGAUGGCAAAAGAGAACACUGUUUCUUCUCCACAGGGAAAUAUGACUGGUCAGCAAGCAAUGGGCUUUUCCGCGAAAUUGUUGCGACUGAAAAUGAGCAACAAUGGGCUGCAAAAUGCAAUGAAGCCAUUGAAAAGUUAGAAAAGCAAGAUUGCGCUAAUGAUGGUCAAGAUCAACAAAAUCAAGGUGGAUCCAAGGAUUCCGAGCCUGUUUUAAUCACUAAUGAAGAUGAAGCUAUAAAUUUAAAAAGGGGAUCUUCAUCUCUUGUGGAACAGCUGAGUACUCCCCUAACCAAGAAAAAGUGUCAAGAUGAAGAGGCCAAAGAAUUACAAUACCAAACAAGAGCAAAAGAAUGCGAAGUUGAUGAGCAAUUCUAUGUUCCGGUUGGCAAUAUUGAACUACCUCCAGCAGACAGAAUGAUCAGGAAAGUGGAUGAAAUAUUUUUGGCCCAAUUAAAGGAAAAUAUGGAAAGUAACCCCAAUGGCUCAUAUGAACCUCUUUACUUGUUGGUAAAAGGUCUGAACAGAAAGGAGAACAUUUCAAAAUCAGAUGUCAGCAGCUAUCAGUAUGAGGUACUUGGUGGUACGCAUAACUUGUUGGCAACAAAGCAACUUUUAGAGAAGCACCCUGAUAGUGAAGAGUAUAAGGGAAGAUAUGCAAGAAUAUUUGUUAGGUUAACAAAUUUUGAAGCUUUAUGGCUGGCGUCAAGGCAUAAUAAGACUGGGUGUUUCCGUCAUGAAAUGACAUUCAAAGAUGAGGUGGAAGUUGCUCACAGGCAGUUGGAGAUCAUUGGUACAAAAAAUGAGAACAAUGAUUUAGUUCCUAGUCAGCAAUGGAGAGACAGAUGUUCCCACAUAUUAGGAAAGACAAAGAAAAAUCUUUCUGAUGUAUUUCUUAAUUGUUGCUGCUCUCCCAGAAGAUGGUUAUCAGUCAUUCCUUGAGAUGUGCCGAAAAUAU